GAGGUCUGAAAGUGAACCCAAGUGAAUCCAACAAGAAGGGCUCUUGUUGAAGAUUCUGGAGAAACUGAAGCAGACUGUUGCAGACCAGCACUUCAUUUCUAAUGAGAAGGCAGUCAUCCAAAACCCAGCUUUAAUGAAAAUGCUGCAUUGCACUGGAUUAUUCCUGCUGUACACUGCUGAGGAAUGAGGUGUAUGGCUUUGGGAGCUUCUGAAACAAAGUACCUGCAGUGCUUUUGUGAUACUGCUAAUUUGUGUCAUCAGACAAUCUGGAAUACCUGGAAACACAGAUUUGUUUGUCAGCACUCCAGAAGUCUGAGGGAUGCUUGUGCAGCUGGCUCUGGAGUCUCAUUCCAACACUUGGUACAUUCUGAAGAGUCCUGGAAGCAAUGUACAAGGCAAGAACUUUUGAAGUGGAAUGGAUGGGGAUAUAAUGACUCCAAAUUCAUCUUCAAUAAGAAGGGUCAAGCAGAAUUCACAGGAAAAAGGUACAGAUUAGGUGGUAUGGUAUUACCAACUUUUAAGGAAUGGAUAGAAAAAACCUUUGGAGCAAGUCUGGAGCACAAAACUACCUCUAGAGCAUCCUUAAAUGUUAAUGAUGUACCUCCAUCCAUUGUAAAUGAAGAAUUUCUUCAGGAUCUUAGAGCCACUAAAAUCUCAUAUUCCCAGGAUGCAGAAGAUAGGGUAUUCAGAGCUCAUGGCCACUGCCUACACGAGAUAUUUGUACUCAGGGAAGGAAUGUUUAAGCGAAUUCCUGAUAUAGUUGUAUGGCCUGUUUGCCAUGAAGAUGUAGUUAAAAUUGUGGAAUUAGCCUGCAAACACAAUCUCUGCAUAAUACCAUUUGGUGGAGGGACCAGUGUCUCUAGUGCUCUUGAAUGUCCUGAAGAAGAAAAAAGAACAAUUGUCUCCCUGGAUACAUCACAAAUGAAUCGGAUUCUCUGGAUAGAUGAAAAAAACUUAACAGCUUGUGUAGAAGCUGGCAUUGUUGGACAAGAUCUGGAAAAACAGCUUGCUGAAAGUGGCUUCUGUACAGGCCAUGAACCAGACUCCAUGGAAUUCAGUUCACUAGGAGGCUGGGUAGCAACACGAGCAUCAGGCAUGAAAAAAAACAUCUAUGGAAACAUUGAAGAUCUGGUGAUCCAUAUAAAAAUGGUAACUCCUAGAGGAAUAGUAGAAAAAAACUGUCAAGUACCUCGCAUGUCAACAGGACCUGAUAUCCAUCACUUCAUUAUGGGAUCUGAAGGAACGCUUGGAGUGGUUACUGAAGUUACGAUAAAGAUUCGCCCGGUCCCCGAGUACCAGAAGUAUGGCUCUGUGGUCUUCCCCAACUUUGAGCGAGGGGUUGCCUGCUUGAGGGAAGUGGCAAAGCAGAGAUGUGCUCCUGCAUCAAUUCGCCUUGUUGACAAUGCACAGUUUCAGUUUGGUCAUGCUCUUAAACCACAAGUUGCUUCCAUUUUUACAUCGUUUUUGGAUGGACUGAAAAAGUUCUACAUCACAAAGUUUAAAGGAUUUGAUCCCAACAUACUGUGUGUAGCUACCUUGCUCUUUGAGGGUGACAGAGAGAAGGUUCUUCAGCAUGAGAAGCAAGUCUAUGAUAUUGCCACCAAGUUUGGUGGCUUGGCAGCAGGAGAAGAUAAUGGACAGAGAGGAUACAUGUUGACAUUUGUCAUCGCUUACCUUCGGGACCUAGGCCUGGAUUAUUACGUAAUAGGAGAAUCAUUUGAGACAUCUGUUCCUUGGGAUAGGGUUUUGGACCUUUGUAGAAAUGUAAAGGAAAGGAUAGUACGAGAAUGCAAAGAAAAGGGUGUUCAGUUUGCUCCUCUUUCCACCUGUAGGGUGACACAGACUUACGAUGCAGGUGCAUGUGUCUACUUCUACUUUGCCUUUAACUACAGAGGAAUUAGUGAUCCUAUUCAUGUCUAUGAGCAAAUUGAGAGGGCUGCUAGAGAAGAAAUACUUGCCAAUGGAGGAAGUCUUUCACAUCACCAUGGAGGCAAAUUGCGGAAGCGCUGGAUGAAGGAGAGCAUCUCUGAUGUUGGCUUGGGAAUGCUGAGAUCUGUUAAAGAAUAUGUGGACCCCAAUAACAUCUUUGGAAACAAAAAUCUUUUAUAAAGCCCUGCACAAAUGAUGUACUAAAAAUUAAAAAUUACUGUUGAAAUUCCUCCACUUUCAUUGUAUUGAUAUCCCAGUAAUCAAAUAUAACAUAGACUAAACUUUCAAAACUAGUAACUUGCCUUGAUUUUUGCUACUCCCUUCCCCCUUCCCCCAAUAAAGUAUAAACAUCACUGUUAAUGUUUAUGGACUUUUACUUAACAAUGUUCCAACCUACUGGGCACAAAGUACUAACCAGGAAAUGCAAAUUUGGGUUUCCAAGCUGGGCUAGGCAGCACAGCUGACAGUAUUUUCAGUGCUGGAUACUGCCAGAUGUUUCUCACUUAAAGCAUCCCCCACCAGGAGGACAAAGACUGACAACAGUGUUUUCUACAGAUGCAGCUGCACAGCCCAGCCUCUUGCUAAAGGAAAGCUGCUGAGACAGAUGAGAGAACACCAAGGAGUACCUCCCUGUACUGCAUUAAGUAUGUAACAGACUUGUAACCAGCAAAUACUUAGAGUAUAAAUAUAGGCUUUCAUCAAAAGAGACAGUGUAAGUCAAACUACUAAAAAUUCAGUAGUCUCUCACUGUAAUACUACUGGAAAAUCUUACACAAUUGAGCUGUUCUGAGUUGUAUUUGCAUUGCUGGGAUAAUCUUAAAUUAAUUGUAGGUCAGUCACUAAGUUUUGUACAAUGGACAUUUCUCACUGUAUGUUGAAAACAGGUUUGUAACAAAAUUUUGUGUUCAUCUGUACUUCAGUCCUAGUGUGUAUGGGUUUUGUUCCCGUUGUUUGUUUUGCACAGAUGCAAAAUAUCUUUUUCAGUUACUCAGAUGAAACUGCCCAGCACUGUCUUUUGAAACAGUCACAACAGUUUAAUAAAACACUUAAAUGGACAACCUACUGUCAUCCUGGAAGUGAGAUUUCCCAUUUAAGUUUUGUACAGUUUCCUAUGGCCUUUAUGAAUCAUUUAUUUACUUCACAAGUAGCCACUAUUUUAAUUGUCCAUUGAACUUUAUGAAAAUGAAAUAUUUUCUUGAUCAGUAUCAUGUGAGAGUAAGCAUUUUUACAUUGAAACUUGAAUCGUAAUCAGUAAAAUAAAAAAAAUAUUUGUCAAUACUCAUGAUCCAUUUUUAAGGUGGGUUCUUUCUUAAAGCAAAUUAUCCAACUUUUUGAUAAUUAAUGUAUAUGCAUAAGAUAGAAAAAAUACAGACUAUCCUUUGAGGACACUGUCUCUAGUCAACUGCUUCACAGCUCUGUAGUGUCAGUUUGGACACCUUUUGUAUUGGUAGUGCCCUUAAUGAGGAGAAAAUUAUAAACUGCAUUUUUGUUUUUAAACUAUUUUAGAAUACUCUCUAAUUAACUUUCAGUUUUGGAAAUAUACCAAAAAGAAUAUAAAAUGCUUGAAAAGAUACUGCAUAUCAGACAACUCUGAACUUGUUCUAAGAUUAAUUUCAAUGCUACAGUUCAAAUGAUUGAAAAACAUGGACACUCAGACCAUAACUUUAAACUGCAUGCUGUCAAGGUAACUAAAGAAAACUUCUUAUGAUCUGCUGGUCAUAAGACAGAAUGUUCAUGUGAUAUUGUUAAUGCAGCUGGAAUUAUUUUGAAUGGUCUUUAUUUCACAACAUUUCAGUAUAAAAAUCUAUUAUUUUUCCUUGUCCCCGGAGUUGGUAUUUCAGCAGUAGCCAAAACAGUAGGGGUAGUCUGUUGUGGGAAACUGAGCCUUUGCACUGUGGUUAAGUGUUCCUUAUGUGCACAGAGGUGUCUGGGGGAGUGGCUCUGUGCAUGGCCGUGCAGGGACUGCCUCACCUCCGCUGCUCUGCCCGUGGGCACGCCCUGCCCACGGCUGGCCUCUGCUCCUGACUUGUGCCACUCCCCAGUGGAGACUUUUCUAGGAGCUGGUGAAUAUGAAGGGUGUUUAUGUGCCUCAAUGAAAGUUUGUGUAGCUAUGAAGAAUUAAUUUUGAAGGAAAGCAUGUGAAGCUUUUUUGCAGAAUGACAGCACAGAGUAGAACAAGUAGUUAUAGCUUAGUAAUACUGAUCUCUUAAGAUUUUGACUACAGUACAACACAGCUCUGCAACAUCCUUCCCAUUUUUUAAUUUUCUGACUAUGGUUUCCUCAUCCUUUUUUGUAUUUAAGUACACAGGUAAAAAGUUCCUUACACUCUCUAACCUUUACGUAGCCACUGACUUCUGAAGUGAUUUAAAAUGCAGUAAAGAUUUUUACUGUAUGUCAAUUGUCCUAUGGGAAGGUGAAAUAACAGGCUACAAGGGUCCCAAAUCACUGUCACUGGAUAUCACUGAGGAAGAAAUUAACACCAAAUGUAAUGAGUAUUGCUGUCUUCCUAAAUAUCUUAUGAACUGGUCAGAGCUUAGUUGAAACUGCAGUUGAAACAUAUGUAUUACUGUCUUUAAUUUCACAUUGCUAAUGAAAAUAGAAAAAAACGUAAUGCAAGUUCAGAAGACCUAGAUAGAGAUCAUUCACCAUUUAAAGGAAAUCUUACUGUCUCUAAUACUGUAGUCUUCCACCACUCUUCCUUCUGUAUGCUCUACUUUCUUUCUACAGACUUCACUUCUUGUAGCUGCAGCUUGUUCAGAGAUGGAGUUUGAUCCAUGCAGAUUAGAAGUGCUGGUGCAUAACACAACUGCAUUUGCUUGAGUAUUCUGGCCAUACAUAAGUUACAAGCAGUUUUAAUUAAGCUUGUAAUGACUUCCAAUUACACAGUUUCUGUUCCCUUUGAAGGAGGAAAGGUACAGAGAGUGACUGUGGCUUGACUGUAAAAUAUGUUUACAUUAGAGAGACCUUUAUAAAAGUUUGGAGGGAAAAGAAGCAAAUCUGUUAAAAGCUGAUCCAGGAUCUAAAUCUUACAGUCAAAGAAAAACAUGUCUUGAUUUGACUUACAUUACAGUGGUUAAGUUAGAGAUGUCAUCUUUGCCUUACAGCUGUGGACAGAGGCCAGACCAAAUAGUUCUUCCGUAGCAAUGUUAAUUAACUGAAACCAAUUUCAAAGGCAGGGAUACAUUAGCACUGAAAUCCAGAAAACACAAAUUGCUUCUCUGUCUUGGAAAUGUAUGUUUAUCAAGGUUGUAAUUUAAUUUUCUGAAAAUAAAGCCAAACAGUGUUUGUCAUUUUAGUGUGAGAUUAACUGUAAAGCUUCAGUUGUAAUGUUAAGAGAUUACAGAACCUUAUAUUAUUAAUAAAAAGAAAAUCAGUCUAAA